UGACGCACCCUCCGCUCCGCGGCUGCUCCCAGACUUCCCUGCGCGCCGCCCCGCACCGUCGAGCCGCUGAACGCCCGGAUCUCCCGCACCCCGCGCGCCGGAGUCCCGCCAUGAGUCCCGCAGAGCCGAGCGGGGGCUGAGGCCGGACCGGAGCGGAGCCGGGGGGGGGCGAUGCCUCCCGCCCGACGCUCGAGCCUUCCUGGAAGCUGCGCCGCUCCGCGCGCCGCCGUGAGGGACUGUGAGCGCGCGCUGCGGCGGAUCCGUGCGGGACAGCUAUGAAGAGCCUGCAGGAGCCCCGGGAGGACGGGCACGGGCACGGGCACGCGCCCGGCCCGGACCUGAAGACGGCCCGGCUGUGGAGGGACGCCGCGCUGCGCUCCCGGAAGCUGCGCAGCGACCUGCGCCACCUGACGCUCUGCGCCAAAGACAACCGCCUCGCGCUGCCGGACGACCUGGGCCACGUGGAGGCGCUCGACCUGGGAAACAACGGCCUGCGCGAGCUGCCCGACGCGCUGGGCCCCGCCCUCGGCAACCUGCGCGUGCUGGUGCUGCGCAGGAACAAGCUCUCUGCGCUGCCGCGCGCGGUGCUGGAGCUGGGCCGGCUGCUGGAGCUGGACCUGAGCCACAACCUCCUGCGGGGCCUGCCGGACGGGCUGGGCCGCCUGGCGGCGCUGCAGAAGCUGUGCGUCAGCCACAACGCCAUCCAGCAGCUGCCGGUGCAGCUGGGGGCGCUGCGGGCGCUGGAGGAGCUGGACCUGAGCUUCAACCAGCUGCGGGAGCUGCCCGCCUCCUUCGCCCAGCUGGCCCGCCUGCGCACGCUGGACGCCGACCACAACCGGCUGGGCCGCUUCCCGGCCGAGGCGCUGGCGCUGGGCGAGCUGGAGGAGCUGGACUGCUCCGGGAACCCGUUCCGGGCCCUGCCGGCCGACGUGGCCCGGCUGCGCGCCGCCAAGGUGCUGUGGCUGAGCGGCCUGGGCGUGGCGGCGCUGCCCGACGGCUUCUGCGACCUGCGGCGCCUGGAGAGCCUGAUGCUGGACGGGAACCGCCUGGCCGCGCUGCCGCCGGCGUUCGGCCGCCUGCAGAGCCUCAAGAUGCUCAACCUGUCCUCCAACGAGUUCCGGGACUUCCCCGAGGCGGUGCUGAGCAUCGCCGGCCUGGAGGAGCUGUACCUGAGCCGCAACCGGCUGAGCCGGCUGCCCCGGGACAUCGCCCGGCUGGAGAACCUGGUCAACCUGUGGCUGGACAACAACGUCCUGACGCACCUGCCGGACGCCAUCGUGGAGCUGCGGCGGCUGGAGGAGCUGGUCCUGCAGGGGAACCAGAUCGCCGUGCUGCCGGAGGACUUCGGCCGGCUGUCCAGGGUCAACAUCUGGAAGGUGAAGGGCAACCCGCUGGUGCAGCCGCCGUACGAGGUGUGCCUGAAGGGCGUGCCCUACAUCGCGCUGUACCAGCAGGAGCUGGCGCGCUCGCAGCUCGCCGUCAAGCCGCGCCUCAAGCUGGUGCUGUUGGGCCGGAGCGGCGCCGGCAAGACCCGGCUGAGGCGGAGCCUGGUGGGCGGCGCCGGGGCCCCGGGGACCCGCGGCGUGGAGGUCACGCCCUGGACGGCAGACGCCGCGCGCCACCUGACCUUCCUGGUGUACGACCUGUCGGGGAGGCGGGACUACGACCUCAUCCAGCCCUUCUUCCUGUCCCCCGGCGCCCUCUACGUCCUCGCCGUCAACAUGAAGACGUACUCGCCCCGGGACUUCUACGCCCACGUGGGCUACUUCCUGCGCCUGCUGGCCGCCAAGGUGCCGGACGCCGUGGUGGUGCUGGUGGGGACGCACGCCGACCUGUGCGGCGAGGCGGAGCUGGAGGAGCGCGGCCUGGACAUCCACCGGCAGAUCGGCCUGCAGGAGCGGCGCGACGUGCAGAGCCUGCGGGGCCUGGUGCAGCAGGUGGACCGCGCCCUGGAGCAAGGCGCCGGCGUGCGCGCCUCCAGCCCGCACGCCCCCUUCUACGCCGUGUCCGACCGGAACCUGCGGCGGCGCAGGGCGCGGCUGCAGUUCGCGCUGAGCCACCGGCCGCGGGUGCUGUCGCCCGUGCUGACGGUGGGCGCGGCGCCGGCGGGCGUCCGGCGGCUGCGGGACAAGCUGUUGUCCGUGGCCGACCACGGCGACAUCUUCCCGGCGCUGCGGCGCGUCCUGCCGCGGUCCUGGCAGACGCUGGAGGAGCUGCUGGCCAAGGCGGAGGAGCCGUGGCUGUCCUGGUGGGACGCGGCGCGGCUGGGCCUGCAGGCCGGCCUGACGGAGGACCGGCUGCACGCCGCGCUGUCCUUCCUGCACGACAGCGGCAAGCUGCUGCACUUCGAGGACAGCCCCACCCUCAAGGACUACAUCUUCCACAACCUGCCGCACUUCACCGCCGUGCUGGACGCGCUGUUCCAGCGGGACGAGGCGGCGCUGCUGGAGCGCCUGCUGGCCGAGGCGGAGGACGAGAAGGGCGACGACGCCGAGGCGGGCCGCCUGCGGCGCCACGUGGACGGCUUCCUGCGGCACGGCGUCCUGCCGGCCGCCGUCCUGAGGCCGCUGCUGCGGCCGCUGGUCCGGACGCCGCAGGACCUGCAGCUGGUGGCGGAGCUGCUGGAGAAGAUGGGCGUCUGCUACUGCGUCAACAAGCCGCGCGGCAAGCCGCUCAACGGCGGCGCCGCCGCCGCCGCCUGCUACAAGUUCCCCGGCCACGUGGGCGGCGAGGAGCCCCCGCCGGACGCCUCGCCGCCACCGCCGGGCCCCGCCCUCUCCGUGGAGCAGCUGCACAUCAGGUACAGCUUCCCGUCGCUGCUGCCGCCCGGACUCUUCGCGCGCUUCAGCGUGCGGAUCGACCGCCACGUGGGCCGGCGCUCCGACGGCCGGCGCCGGAUCCUGGCCUACCGGGGCAAGGUGCCCGUGGUCAUCGCUCUGCGGGACGACGCGCUGUCGGUGGCGAGCCGCGCCGCGCUGCCCGACAUCUGGACGGCGUGGCAGGCCGUCACGCCGCUGCUGGAGGAGCUGGAGCUGCUGCUGCAGGAGUGGCCCGGCCUGCCGUACUGCGUCCACAUCCUCUGCUCCAAGUGCCUGAAGAGCGGCUGCAGCAGCCCGCACGCCUUCCCGGGUGAGCUGCUGACUCAGCCUCGUCCUGAAGGUCUCACUGAGGUCAUUUGUCCAAAAAACGGUUCUGAACGAGUCAACGUGGCUCUGAUCUACCCCCCAACCCCGACCGCACUCAGCCCCGCCCUCCAGUGACGGAAGCCCCGCCCUCCAGUGACGGAAGCCCCGCCCUCCAGUGACGGAAGCCCCGCCCCUGCUGGCUGAAGCCCACCUUCCAGUGAUUGAAGCCCCGCCCUCUGCUUAAUGACGCCCUGCACUUUACUGAGUGAGGCCCCGCCCUCCAGUGAUGAAAACCCCGCCCCCGCUUACAGAAGCACCGCUGUGCGAAGCCCCGCCCCUUGCUGUGCGAAGCCCCGCCCCUUGCCCCUCCUGCUUCAUCAGUGAGUUCAGAGAGAGAACUGGAGGUGUUGCCGUGGAAACGCAGAGCCGCCUGUAGCUCCAGAACGUCUGAUGGUCUCCUUCAUUCUGCAGGUCGGGUCUUUAUGUCCGACGAUGAUCAGGACCAAAAAUGAGCACAACCCCCCCCCCCCCCCCCCCACCCCCCCCCAGGCUCCUCCUCUCCGGCCUUCAGGGCGGAGCGGGUGGAGGAGCUGCAGCAGGACGGCGAGGUGAGCACGGAGCUUUGGCGACAACUUUCAGGACUCUUAUUUUGACUGUGUGACUUUUAAUGUGAAAGGAGGGCUUUUAAUUUGAAAUGACGGCCUUCUGUCUUUUUAUGAGGAAAGUUUGAGAAUAAAAAUCAAAGAAAUAAAAGUCAAGUUUCACCUUCAUCAGAGUUUUUUAGAUGUUUCAACUUUUCAAUAAAUCGUUUUUUACAUUGUUUUGAAAAAAAAAUAUUUUCAAAUUUGGAUAAUUUUUCACUGUUCUUUAUUCUGAAAAGCCAACUCAAACUCACUUUAAUUUUUGUUUUUCCUGAGAAAAGUCUGAUACUUUUAUUCUGUAAAUUUGAUUUUGAUUCUCAAAGUAUAUUUUUAAUAUUUUCACUUUAUUCUGAAAUACUUUGCCUAAUUUUGACCUGUCAAAUAAAUUUAUUUUGAUAAGAUUUUUUCCUGAAAUUUCCCUCUACAUUCUUUUAUUUUGACAUGGUCGAACUUUCACUUUAUUUUUUGUCGUGUUUUUAUUUUGAAAAACCUUAAAAAUCACUGUUUUAUUUAUUGUCUUCAUUUGAACUUUAUUGAGAAAACACACAAUUCAGCUGAACAAGCCACUUUUCUUCUUCCUCUUCCUCCAUCUUCACCUCCUCCUCCUCCUCCUCCUCCGUUCUUUUCUCUGCAUCACAUGUAAAUAAUAUCUUAUUUUUAUAUGCACACACAGUGUGUUCCUUCAGCUUUGACCGUGUGUGUGUGUGUGUCACAGUCCAACUGAAAUUAAACCAAAUAAACAGGAAGUGGCUUUUAUA